AUGAGGAGGCUUCUGGGGGGACUGUUGGGGGUGCUGAGCUUCGCGGGGGCUGCCCUGGAGGGCUCUUGUGCCCUGCCCUGGCACAGCACCUCCUGCCACCUGGCCAGGCCCAGCCCCCGCGGCCCCCGGGGGUCCCUCAGCUUCCUGGGCAGGGAUGCGCGGGGCCUGGCCGUGGUCCAUGCCCGCUGGGAUGGGCGCGGGAGGCUGCGGGCUUGUCGCCGGCAGGAGGAGCCGGAGCCCACGGCAGCCUUCAGCGCCCUCUGCGCCAGCGAGACCUCCUCGGGCUUCUUCGUGCACAGCCCGGGCCCCGAGCUGCGGAGGGCCCUGGCCGCCCUGCAGCGGCGGCGGGGGGCCUGCCCGCCGGUGGCCGCCCGGAGCCCGGCAGGAGUGAGGAGGGAGAAGCGAGCGGCAGGGCAGCCGCGGGAGAAGAGAGGCUGGACCAUCCCCGGCACCCUGUGGUGUGGCUUCGGGGACUCUGCGGGGAACUCCACGGAGCUGGGUGUCUUCCGAGGCCCCGACCUCUGCUGCCGGGAGCAUGACCACUGCCCACAGGCCAUCGCGCCUUUCCAGUACAACUACGGCAUGCAGAACUACCGUUUCCACACCAUCUCCCACUGCGACUGCGACGCCAGGUUCCGGCAGUGCCUGCAGAGCCAGCGGGACUCCGUCUCCGACCUCGUGGGCGUGGCUUUCUUCAAUGUGCUGGAGACCCCCUGCUUUGUGCUGGAGGAGCAGGAGGCGUGCGUGGCCUGGUACUGGUGGGGCGGGUGUAGGGCCUACGGCUCCAUCCCCCUCGCCCGCCUCCAGCCCAAUACCCCCUACAACGCCUCCUGGAGCUCCCCAGCUGUGGCCCUGCCUCCCAGUGCCCCCAGCCCCGCCCCCAGCAAGCCAGGACAGAAGCAGCGCCCUCGGAAGUGGCCACCGCAGCGGGAAGGACCCCGGCUCCCCAGCAAAGGCAAUGCCGCCGCCCUCCAGGCUCCCGAGGUCACCCAUCCGGACCCUCGGGGGCCUCUGGGUGGCCUAAAGCCUCAGGCGGCCCGCCAGGCCUGCCGCAGCUUCCGCCACCUGGACGAGUGUGAGCACCGGAUCGGGCCCGGGGAGACCAAGUUCCGGCUGCUCAACGGGGCCCCGGAGCCCCUCUUCCACUGCAACUGCACCCGCCGACUGGCACGGUCCCUGAGGCGCCACAGCCCACCCUUGGGUGCCAACGUGCUCUGGGAGCUGCUGGGCACCACCUGCUUCAAGCUGGCCCCGCCCCCGGACUGUGCCGAGAGCCCAGACUGUUCCCGGGGCCCCAGGGCCGUCAAGGUGUCCGCUCGGCACUUAAAGCGACUUCAGCAGAGGAGACUCGGGGGCACGGGCGCAGAGGGGGGGCAGGCCCGGCCUCCGGAGCCCCCCAAAGCCCCCCUGUCCUUCUAUGACCAGUGCCUGCAGCAGACCCAGGCAGCCUGA